CGCGCCGGGUCAAGGGUCAGCCCGCAAGAUGGCGGCGACGGUCACCUUCCUCCGGCUGCUGGGCAGGGGCGGAGGGGCGGCGCUGAGCCUGCCCGGGGGCGCCAGGUGCUUCGGGGUGCGGACCUCGCCGACCGGGGAGAAGGUCACGCACACCGGCCAGGCGUACGGUGCCGAGGACUACAGGCGGAUCCGGUUUGUGGGGCGCCAGAAGGAGGUGAAUGAAAACUUUGCCAUUGAUUUGAUAGCAGAGCAGCCCGUGAGUGAAGUCGAGAGCCGCGUGAUCUCGUGUGACGGCGGUGGGGGCGCUCUUGGCCACCCCAGAGUGUACAUCAACCUGGACAAAGAAACGAAAACUGGGACAUGUGGUUACUGUGGACUCCAGUUCAGGCAGCACCAUCACUAGAGCGACUGCUGGGGCCCAGGAGGUGGCACGGCAGCAUUUCCCUGGUGAACGGCACAGGUGGAGGCCCUGGCGCUGUGCGCGGCGAAUAAAGGGUGUGUUACCAGG